UGUUAUCUUUCUAGACUGUUGAAAAUCGAAAGUGAGUAAAUCGAGUAUGGCGGAUCGUCAUCCAAUCACAAAGUUGCGCACCUUGCGCCUUUCCGCUAUUUAGGAUCGGCCCCUGAAGUGUUUCGUCUAGAGGAGAGAGCCUCUUAAUAUUUAUCUACAAAAAACUAGAGUACUUAAGUGAGAAUUAAAAGAUCUGCAUGUACUUGCCAUUUUUCUUGCGCUUGGCAUUCAUCAUGUUCCUAAUAUACUCGAAGAGGCCAUGUGAAAAUCAAAUGUACAUCUCAUAAACCGAACUUCGUAAUCUAAGAAUUAUGUAUCAAAACGCUUGCGGAGCGGCGGCCGCGUCUGCCGGUGGAUGUGUGGAAGCCGAUCGCGAAUGCCACAGCUUAAUAUCGAAGGAACCUAUCGUACCUGCGGAGCACGAUUAUAGUGGCUUUGAUAUAGUUAAAGCUACACAAUACGGAGCCUACCAACGUGUUAAGGACUUAAUCGAUGCGGGUUAUAACGUUAACCAGAGAGAUAGCGAAACGGUUACUCUUCUGCAUUGGGCAGCAAUAAACAACCGAAAGGAAAUCAUGCGAUUUUUUAUCGAUAACGGUUCAGAGGUAGACGCUGUCGGUGGGGAAUUAGACGCGACUCCCUUGCAUUGGGCUACGAGACAGGGACACUUAGAUGCAGUCGUGUUGUUAAUGAAUGCUGGCGCCGAUCCUACUCUUAGAGAUGCGGAAGGUUGUUCCUGUAUUCAUCUGGCAGCGCAAUUCGGCCAUACCGCUCUGGUUGCGUAUUUCGUCGCACGAGGUGUUAGUCCCGAUCUGCAGGACAGAGGGGGCAUGACACCGUUAAUGUGGUCGUGUUGGAAAGUAUGCAGCUUAGAUCCUACCCGUCUAUUGUUGACGUUAGGCGCAUCGACAAAGCUAACCGACAGUACGCAAGGCAAUACGGCGUUACAUUGGGCUAUAUUAUCGAGAAAUACUACUGCCAUUUCCACGUUAAUAAUACAGUCUAAUGCCAGUCUAGAUAUUCCGAACCACAGAGGCGAUACACCAUUAGCUUUAUUACAAAAUUGCAGUGGGUCUGUUUGGAUAGGUGCAAAAGUUGGUGAUCGCAUUAGAGAAGCGAUGAACUCGAACCGCUCCCAGAAUAUGUUCAUUCGAAUUUCUAAAGACAAGCGGGUAAAAUGGUGGUGCAUGGUGGGCACUCCUUUUAUUUCUUUUUACAUAGCCGGUCUAAUCUUGAGUGCAAACGUUUUAAUAUUAAUCAAAAUAUUUCUCUUAGUAUGUCUCUACAUAGUUUUACAUUUUAUUGGUCAAGUGUUUUACGACGAUCGACUCAUGGCACUUUUACCACUCAGUAUUUAUUUAGCGACCAAAAUAUGGAUAUACAUUACAUGGAUUAUUUAUAUCAUGCCGCAUACUGCAAUUUUUCUCACUUUAACAUUUCUAUCGAGUUCCGGUGCGUUAUGGUACUGCUUUCUGAAAGCGUGGCUUGGUGAUCCCGGUGUAAUAUCGACUACUAAAGAUUUACAAUUUCGU